AUGAAGUAACAAAUGAAAGGCUUAUAGUUGAACAUCAAGAAUCAAUGUCAAAAACCAAAUUGCAAGUAAAGAAACAAGAAACUUCUACACAGCAACCACUCACCACUCAUGAUAAAGAACCAGAUGAAAAUCUUACACUUGGGCAUCAAGACUCAAUGUCAAAAUCAGAAAUGCAAGUGAAGGAACAAAGAACUCUCAAAGGGCAAAGAAUUACUACUCAUGAAGAAGAACCAGGCAAAAAUCUUGCACUUGAACAUCAAGAUUCAUUGUCAAAACUGGAAAUGCAAAUUAAAAAAAAUGAAAAACUUCCUAGAGAGAAAAGACAUAGUACGCAUGGUGAAAAAUCAAGUGAAAAUUCUAUGCUUAAACAUCAAGAUUCAGUGUCAAAAAUCCAAGUGCAAUUAGAGAAACAAGAAACUUCUGAAGGAGAAGGACGUAGCAUACCAGAUAAAAAUUCUAUGUUUGUUCAUCAAGAUUCAGUGUCAAAACUCCAAAUGCAAGAAAAGAAAAAAGUAACUCCUGGAAGGGAAAGGCGUAAUACUCAUAUUGUAGUACCAAAUGAAAAUGUGGUUUCUGUUCAUAAAGAUUCAAAGUCAAAACUCCAAAUGCAAGAAAAGAAACAAAUAAAUCCUGGAGUGGAAAAGCACAAAACAUUUCCUUUUGAAAUCCAAAAAAAGGAUAUAUCACUUGAGCAUCUGUUGCCUGAGGAGAAAGUUUUAUUAUCAAGAAGAGAAUCUCAAACCAAGAAACUUCAAGCUAAAGUAACUUCAAGAAAAAAUCAAGAUACGGAUAAACUGCCAGAUAGGAGUUUUACGCCUGAAAGUGUAGAAUCAGCUGCAGGACACAUGGAUCAAUUUCAGACAAGUGAAGUUGACCAAUACCAAAAAUUGAGAAUUACAAAUGAAGCAGCCUCAGAACUUCCAAAUACAGCAGAAAAUCUUCCAGCAGUGUACCCAUCGAUUAGCGACCUAAUAAUUCGAUUGGAUUUAAACAAAGUGGUCGAGACUGAUAUAGAAAGCUUGAGAGGUGCUUUGGGAAGAUGCUUAUUAAAUGAUAAACUCAAGACACAGUCAAAGAGUUUCCCUGUGUCUGAAGUAGAACAAUUGGCAGAUGCAUUUGGAAGAGAUAUACUAAAGGAUGAAUUCAAGACACGAUCAAAGAGUUUCCCUGAGACUGGCCUAAAACACUUGAAAGGUGUUCAUGAAAAAGAUAUAAUAAAACAUCUAAUCAACAUACAGUCAAAGAGGCAUGCAGAGACUGAUAAGGAACACUUGGCAGAUGCUAUUGGAAGAGGUAUAAUAAAGGGAUCAAUCAAUGCACAACUAAAAGGUCACCAGGAGACUGAUAAGAACUUAUUUGCAUAUGCUAUUGGAAGAGGUGUAAGGAACGAGUCAAUCAAGACACAAUUAAAAAGUCACCCAGAGACUGAUAAGGAAUUCUUGGCAGAUGCUGUUGGAAGAGGUAUAAUAAUAGGGCCAAUCAUUACACAACUGAAGAGUCACCAAGGUAAGAGAAAGAAUUUUUCAACAAAAGAUGCUAUUGGAAGAGAUAUAAUAAAGGGACCAAUUAAUGCACAAUUAAAGAGUCACCAGCAGACUGAUAAAGAACGCUUAAAAGAUGCUAUUGGAAGAGAUAUAAUAAAGGAACCAGUCAAUGCACAAUUAAAGAGUCACCGGGAGACUGAUGUAGAACCCUCGACAAAUGCUAUUGGUUCAAGUAAAACAAUUGGUGAGAUAAAGACACAACUAAGGACUCACUAUGAUGUGAACUUAUUUAAAAACAAAGAUAUGUCCGUACAACGUCAAGAAGGUAUCUUCACUAGGAGGAUUACACCAACUAAAUUCCCAACAAAAGUGAUCAAUUUAUCACCCUUUGAAAAUAAAGAGGAAACUUAUGAGUACUCUUCACCCUAUGUGAUUGCACCUUCAAAAGCAGUUUAUAGAACAUAUAGGGCUAGUUCAAGCUUUGCUAAAGACAUCCAUCUUCCUUUACUGAAUCAACUCCCUUCAGGGCAUUCGAAAGUUGUUACCUUAAACCAAAAAACUAUUGAAUUUGCUCUGCCUCCUGUGACCAACACAAUUGGAAAACCUAUCUAUAAAGAUCCAUUGAAAAUGCUUUAUGAGCAUGAUCUCUACGGCUGUGAAGAUUAA